UUUUUUGUAGUCUCUAUUCAGUUACAACAAUGAAGCAGCGUGUCUUUAUACAAGAUAAGAUUAAGUAUAUUGACUUCAAGCGGGAGUUUAAGGACAAUCUUAUUCCUCUACCAAUAAGGAGCUGGUACAAUACACUCUUGAUACGCACCUCACACAUAAAAAAAACUAGAGACUGUCCCAACAAACCAAUUGUUUGCGUUAUGACCAUGUGAACCGUCUGCGAAAUGGCGUCACUUACGAAAAAAUAAUCCCGUCCCGAAAUUGAAUGAAGUCCAAGACUGAAGACUGAAAAUAGAAUUCCUUUCACUCCCGCGCCUCGUUUGCCCGGUUCGGUCAUAUAAUAGGGUCAUGGGUUUGCGUGACUGACCCGUCCCCAGGCAGAAGGUACAAACAUCUCCACUCUGUACUUCGGACUUUUUUUUUUGGUCCGAUGAACUUGCACUGCCUCAGAGUUGCGUGUCCUCGUUCGGUGAGCAUGUUGCGUGUUUUGUGCCCUGUUUUGUCCUGUGCUUUCGAAUUAUCAUUUUUCAAGGAUAAAUUCUUGCAUUUUAUGUUGCGUCCGGAACUUCGUAACGAUCCCUCCAUCGUUCCGGUUCAAUCGUUCCGCAGUCCGUUGUUCUGUCCGUUGCAUACACAAACAAACGGACGAGCGGACGAAGUGUUUUGCAGUAUCGAAUGUGUUGUCCUGUUUAUAACUUUGUUGAUCGUCCCCGGGAGGGGAACUAUUAUUGAUUUUCUCUAACAUUGUGACUCUUUUUUGUGGAUGUUUUUUGUUUUUUUGCUAUAGCAGCAGCUGGUACUGAAUUUACUUCACCAGUUCAGCACGGCUUGUGGGGGGUAUCUUCUGGGGAUAGGAUAACGACAAGGGAACUCAAUGUGCUAGAGCUACUGGUGUAUGAUUUGAAAUUGAUUGGCCAUUACAUCCUUUUUCCUUGUCCACGGUAGUCCACGCAGUGAUAAAGAGAUAAAGGGCUUUUUGGUGGAAACUGCACAAUGUAUUCCAGUGCCAUCCCGGAGGACAGUGGUGCCUUGUUCCGCACGGAACAUAAUGCACGUGCCGGCUAUCAGCGAGAGUUCGAGGAGAUGGAAAGCCGCAUACGCAGGUGUGAACGACAGCGGGCAGAAUUGGAGCGCCAGUUUGAGGAUUUAAUGCGCGAAAGGGCGGACUACGAGAAGGCUGCAGUGCGGGCAGUGAGGCAACGGCAACGACGCCAACUGGAGGCAGAAAGGCAACGAGCAGAGCGCAACGAAAGUAUCCUUCGAAUGUUAAACAAAAUCGAUCAACAGGCGGUAUCAUUGGCUGCCAAAACGGAUCGACUGAAGAUGUUAAAGACGCAGUACGAGAUGUAUCUGAUGCGUACCUGGUCGACUGCUUCGCAAGCCUUACCAACGUACAGUGUUCCGAUGAUUACUGCACCUCCAGCAAAACUGCCCCAAAGUCCUCAAAAAUCCGAAUUCGUUCAAUACAUUAGCGAACUGACGCAUCAGCAAACGGUCAACAUGAAUCCGAUACCGCCUCCGACGGCUUUAAGCAACUAUCUUGCAUCGCAACAGAAAUCAUUCGCACUGACAUCUUCCCAUAAUGGUGGUGGUCUCCCGGAACGUCCAUAUUCUAGAGCGUAUAACAGCAAUGCUGCCCUAAAGGACGAUCUAACCAUGAUGCACUAUGGAGGUAGUUCUACACAAAUGACAGGCGGUGCUGCUAAGGCUAAUAAAUUUGAAAUGUCGAACGAAGAUUUUAUUCGCUACAUCGACAGUGAGGUACUUAAGGAACCGGUACCGAAGGUUAGCAUCGUUGCUCCUUCCCCUGUAGUAGAGGUGGCUGAGAUGAAACAAGCUGGAGAAGCAUACCUUGAGGAUGCAGCGAUGAGUGAGGACGAACCUGUUGGAGAGAUCUCAAGCAAGUUGAAAGAAUUCAGUAUGAUGGUUGAUGAUGAAAAUAAAAAAGAUACUUUGAAUCAUUCUGCCGAGGGUCAGUCACAAGAUGAAACGCAGCGACAAAAGGACGAAGUGGCGGAGAAAGCUCUGGAAUAUUUUGCACCUUCUGAGACGAUCGUGCCAGAAAAGGAAGAUCACUCUUUCAAUAAACCAGCCUUGGUUGAAACUUUCAAAGACGAUCAUGAAAUGGUGGUUGAAACGAACUCUAAACAAGAACAUGAAAACCAAGCGAAUGUUGUUCAGGAUGUUCAGGAAUUGCAACCCGAAUUUGUAUCGUCUGAAAUGGAAAUUCCUCACGAGGACGUCGAGAACAAACCUGCAAUGGAAGAAGAUUCGUAUGUUUUACCCAACACAACAUAUGAAGCAGCUAUCAACGAUCCUAACGGCGUAAAGUACGAACUAUCUGAUGCGAAUGUGAAUUACCCGGAAGGAACUCAACCAACAGACGUAGGUGUAUACAAUCCAGUGCAAUAUGAAGACCUAUCGUACGACAACCAGCAGUACAGUACCUCGAAUGAAGUAUCGAAACCAGAACCUGCUCCAGAAUUUAAUGUUCAACCGCUACAGCAACCAGUACAGCAGCCAGAAAGCAGAAACCAACAUUGGACCACUGCACGGCAAGCCUUACGUUCGAAGGCAUUCCCUGGAGCUUUCUCCAAACCACCGUCACCUGAAACGGAUCUUCCCGAGCAACAAGGUGGUCAACAAGAGAGUCAUCAUGAAACAGUACCAACUGUUCCCGGAGAAACCAGUAACAUCAUUCAAGAUGUUGUACAGAAUGCUCCUGCACAAAAUGAUCCUCCAGUUGCUGAAUAUCCUCAGUAUUCUGUUGAGUCGAACGAUCCUUACUACCAAACGGAUGUCAGUGGUAGCGCACAUCAAUCUACAGAACAAAUGCCUGUAAGUGAAGGUUAUCAUAAUGAUGCGAUGGGACAACCGGUAGAGUACCAACAAGAAGAUGGACAACAGGCAGCUGCAUAUCAGUACGGAAACAAUCAGGAAGGACAAUAUAUCGAAGGAACAGAAGGGGAAGCUCAGUAUCAGUACCAAGACGCUUCUGAUCCAACUGCCAAUACGUAUGCGACCCAGGAAGGAUAUCAAGAUCCGAAUCAGCAGUAUCAGUAUGAUGAAAAUGCACAGUACUACAAUGAUCAACAAGCUUACGACGCACAGUACUAUAAUCAAGAUCCACAGCAACAGUACUACAUGGACGAGUCCAAUCAACAGCAGGCAGGACAGUAUGAGCAACAGGUGGAUCAACCGCAAGACCAACAGCAGCAACAAAUCCAAUCAACAGAACAAUAUCCUACGGCAGCAGAACCAAAUGAACAAGCAGGGUAUUAUCCUCCCGACGGACAGUAUGACCCAACUAUUCAAAAUCCAGAACAAAUGGAACCCCUCACAAGCACUACUACUACUGGUGGUGGUGAUCCAGCACAAGUAGUUGACGAACAAAAGCCAAUUGAGACAUCGGCCGUUAUCGAUUCCACGUUGGUGAAAGAUAAACAAGAGAAGAAAGCUACCGACGCGUCACAGCCUACGGUUGAGCAAAAGCCCUCCAGAAAGGAAGCGGAUCCGGGAUCGGAUGCACCAACCUUAAGCACCGUUAACGAUGAAAGUGAUUUCGAUUUCUCCUCACAAUGAUAAG